CACAGUGUGGAAGAAGAAAGAGUGAGAGCACGAGCAGCCCGGCCGUUCCUGUGCGCAAGCAUGGAGAGGGGUGGUGUUAGUGAUCUUUAGAACAUAUCUGCGCCUCUCUCAGUCUCUUCUGUUCGCUCUCAGCGCCAGGAUGGCCAGCAGCAUCUCCAUGGAUCUUUAACGCACUGAUGCGGGAUAUGCGCUGAAAACCGCCUGUGGAUGCAACCAAAGUCCUGGAUGUUUAACUCCAAAGGGUGUCCAGUGGAGGAAUACGCAUCAAAACGAAAAUAAUACUCUCUUCUGUGUGUUUACCCCUUUACGCAGAGAGGAGAAAGGAAUCAUUAAGAAGUUUUUGCGCGGCGUCAGUGUUUUCCUCAUGGCGGAGCACAUGCUGCAAAUGCACUUCUUGUUUUAAUAUCUUGGGAAGAAUGGUUGUGAAGGUUUUGUGAGGCCCCUGGAGAGGUUUCAACACCGGAGACCGGGGCCUGGGUGCAGCGUGUCUGCUGAGACGGACCCGCGCAGCAGCGCACCACCUGGAAACUCUACGGUCCACCAAACGCACCAAACCCCCCCUCAAGAGCCUCAGAUCCCUCCCGCUACAGCCUGCAUCUCUGGUCCUCGGAUCCCCCUUUACCAACCGGGCUGUUUCUGCGAGCUGAUGUGGACUUAACAUCCACGACAAGAAAACUGAUCAUGCGAUGACUGAGCGCGCUUUGGGCACAUCUAUCGAGUCCAUUACAGGAGGAGAAUGAUGGCAGAAGAUGGGGGAAAUCUCUCCAGGGUCCCUGAAUCCAGGGACUCAGAGGGUCGGUCCUCGCUGCCGAGAACUUUCAUCCGUCUCAAUGACCUGUCCAGGGUGGGGACGGGAGGUGGGGAGCGUGCCGACGUGGUGGUCGAGCCAGUGUCCCCUGCGCCCGAUGGGAUCUCUACAGCCGGAGAGGAAGGGUCGACAAGUGGCGAGGAGAGCCUGCCCUAUCCCACUCUGGCCCCCGUGGUCUUCUUCUACAUGAAACAAACUACCAGGCCUCGGAGUUGGUGCCUCAAGAUGGUUUGCAAUCCGUGGUUUGAGCGAGCGUCCAUGUUGGUGAUUCUGCUGAACUGUGUGACACUGGGCAUGUUUCAUCCCUGUGAGGACAUCGACUGUGCCUCAGAGAGGUGCAAGAUCCUGCAGGACUUUGAUGACUUCAUCUUUGCAUUCUUUGCCAUUGAGAUGGUGAUCAAGAUGGUGGCUCUGGGGAUUUUUGGCAAGAAAUGUUACCUUGGAGACACGUGGAACCGCUUGGACUUCUUCAUAGUUGUGGCUGGGAUGUUGGAGUACUCGCUGAACCUGCAGAAUGUCAGCUUUUCAGCAGUGAGGACAGUCCGUGUGCUGAGACCGCUGAGAGCUAUCAACAGGGUGCCGAGUAUGCGCAUCCUGGUGACCCUGCUGCUGGACACCCUCCCCAUGCUGGGGAACGUUCUGCUGCUCUGCUUCUUUGUCUUCUUCAUCUUUGGUAUCGUUGGGGUCCAACUGUGGGCAGGCCUGCUGAGAAACCGUUGCUUUGUUGAAGACAACUUCUCCUUCCCUCUCUCCGUUCAGUUGGAAAAAUACUACCACACUGAAAACGAUGACGAGAACCCCUUCAUCUGCUCCCAGCCACGAGAAAAUGGCAUGAGGGACUGUGGCUCAGUGCCCAAACUGUAUGAGGAAGGAGGCUUGCAGUGCAACCUUGACAUGUACUCUUACAACAGCACUGACAACACCACAUGUGUCAACUGGAACCAGUACUACACCAACUGCUCUGCAGGUUUGGUCAACCCCUUCAAGGGAGCCAUCAACUUUGAUAACAUCUGCUACGCCUGGAUAGCCAUAUUCCAGGUGAUCACUCUUGAGGGCUGGGUGGACAUCAUGUACUUUGUGAUGGAUGCUCACUCCUUCUACAACUUCAUCUAUUUCAUCCUGCUCAUCAUCAUUGGCUCGUUCUUCAUGAUCAACCUGUGCCUCGUGGUCAUUGCUACCCAGUUCUCAGAGACCAAACAGAGGGAGAGUCAGCUGAUGAAGGAGCAGCGGGUGCGCUUCAUGUCCAACGCCAGCACUCUAGCCUCCCUGUCCGAGCCGGGCUCCUGUUACGAUGAACUUCUCAAGUACCUGGUUCACAUCAUUCGCAAGGGGGCAAAACAAGUGGCCCAUAUCUGCAGAUUUUUAGCCCGCCGUGCAGGACUCAACAUCGCCGCCACACCUCCGCCCACAGAGCCCCAAAAAAUCCAGAGAAGGAGGAGGAAGUCUUCAAGGCAGGGAUCACUGACGGCUCAUCACAUGGUGCACCACCAUCACCACCACCACCACCAUCACUACCAUUUAAGGAAUGGCAGCGUGAGAAGCAGAGGGAGCAUUCGCUGUGUCGAGGGCAGGGAUUUGGAGGUUGGUGCUCACAACAAUGGAGGGGCUGGUGCAGCGACAACCAGCACUGGGCAUCUUGCUUUAACCUUGCCAUCGUCUGUGACUGCAGCCACCUCUGAUACAAACCUGUCUACUCUGUCCAAUCCUGCUGCUGGAGCUGUGGAUCCAUGUUUGGUUCGCAGCGUACUCAACAUAGAAACCCUACGCUGUAGUCCUUCCCCCACAAACCUGGGGACUUCCCUGGGCCCCUUCUCUCUAGCCCCAGCUCCCAUAUCCAGGAAUAUGAAGAGAAACUCUGUACCCUUUGCUGCCCCGGGGCCUAAGAACUACCCCACCCUACAAGCUCGAGCUCUGGCAGAGUCCAGACGAGGGAGUGUUGCAGGCAGCACUCUGACUAACUUCAGCUUCAACCUGAACAUCCCACCCAUGCCGCUGGAGAGGCGUCCUUCAAGCCUGGUGGACACACGCAACCCUGCAGCCCAGCUCUCCUGCCAGCUGUCAGCUCGUGACCUCAGCACCACCAGCAGCGCCAUGGACACAGCUGCUUUGACAUUGGACCCUGAGAGCUGUCCUUACUGCGCCAAAGCCCUAGCCAACGAUUCAGAGGGGGGCACGGAGGGCAACGAGACCCCCGGGGACUCAGACAGUGAGGGCCUGUAUGAGUUUACCCAGGACCUCCAUCACAGGGACAGGAGAGACAGCCGGCAGCCCAGGAAGAAGGGCCUAAGGCUGGGGAAAACUGCCGCCAAGGUCGUUCGUUUUUGGAGGCUGGUUUGCGACACAUUCAGGAAGAUUGUGGACAGCAAGUACUUUGGACGAGGGAUUAUGAUUGCCAUUCUUAUCAACACGCUGAGCAUGGGGAUCGAGUACCAUGAGCAGCCCGAUGAACUGACUAAUGCCUUGGAAAUCAGCAACAUCGUGUUCACCAGCCUGUUCUCUCUGGAGAUGCUACUGAAGGUUCUAGUCUACGGGCCCUUUGGCUACAUCAAGAACCCCUAUAAUAUCUUUGACGGCAUCAUUGUGGUCAUCAGUGUGUGGGAGAUCGUGGGUCAGCAGGGCGGCGGUCUGUCAGUGCUCAGGACCUUCCGGUUGAUGCGGGUGCUGAAGCUGGUCCGUUUCAUGCCAGCCCUGCAGAGGCAGCUGGUGGUGCUGAUGAAGACCAUGGACAACGUGGCCACCUUCUGCAUGCUGCUCAUGCUCUUCAUUUUCAUUUUCAGCAUCCUCGGGAUGCAUCUGUUUGGUUGUAAGUUUGGCUCUGAGAGAGAUGGAGACACUCUACCGGACAGGAAAAACUUUGACUCUCUUCUCUGGGCCAUUGUGACCGUCUUCCAGAUUCUCACACAGGAGGACUGGAACAAGGUGCUCUACAACGGCAUGGCCUCCACCUCCCCUGUAGCCGCUCUCUACUUCAUCGCUCUCAUGACAUUUGGCAACUACGUCCUCUUCAACUUGCUGGUUGCCAUCUUGGUUGAGGGUUUCCAGGCAGAGGGAGACGCUUCUAAAUCAGGUUCAGAGAUUGAUUCUUGCGCGAGGAGUAUGGAGGAUGUCAACGGCAGCAAGAAGGAUUUAUCAGCAUCUGCAGUAGUGCCAGUCAACGGCCAUGUGGACCUGAAGACCAGCCUGACUCCGCCUCUAAUCACUCACACGGCUGCUACACCGAUGCCCAUUCCCAAGCUGCCCGUCGGAGGCGACCCCGCCGUGGGCUACAGCUCCCGCCGAGGCAGCAACGUCUCCGUUGACCCAGCCAGCUAUGACAAAUCCCCGACCAGUGCCCGAAGCGCCUCCCCCUAUGCCCUGUGGAGCUCUGGCAGCGGGAGAACCAGUCGCCGGUCCAGCUGGAACAGCUUGAGCCGCGGCCCUUCGCUGAAACGGCAGAAGAGGCAGUCUGGGGAGCGAAGGUCCCUCCUCUCAGGGGACGGCGGCUCCAGCUCGGAUGAAGGGGAAGGGGAAGGAGGAGGGGAAGCAGGAGGCGGGAUGUUGGAGGAAGAUGACGCCUCUCUAGCCAGGACAGAUUCCAUGUCCCAGUCGCAGAGAGGACCCCGACAUCGGAGGAUGGAGUCGGUGGAGACUCGGAGUUCCAUGGAUUUACCUCCUGAUGCUCUGCUGCAGGUGCCAUACUUGUACCGCUCAGCCAGCAUGCAUAGCUCCAGACCCCCCUCCCUCGGCCACUUACUGCCCCCGCAGCACCGAGACUGCAAUGGGAAGGGCUCUCCGUCAGUCCUGGGCCCCACUCAUGUCUCUCUGGAGGACAACACUGAAGAGGAGAAUGCAGAGGAGGAAGCCAACCUGGGUCGUGUUGCCAGAAUGUUCCGCUGGCUGGAGAAGAAACAGCCGGACUGGUGUCGACAGAGGGACACCUGGUCCCUCUACCUCUUCCCUCCAGAGUCAAGGUUUCGGAUCCUGUGCAAUAAGAUCAUCACCCACAAGAUGUUUGACCACGUUGUACUGGUCAUCAUUUUCCUCAACUGCAUCACUAUCGCCAUGGAGAGGCCUCGCAUCGACCCCAGCAGUGCUGAGCGGAUCUUCCUGACAUUGUCGAACUACAUCUUCACAGCGAUCUUUGUGGCUGAGAUGACUAUUAAGAUUGUAGCUUUGGGCUGGUGUUUUGGUGACAAGUCCUACCUGAGGAGCAGCUGGAAUGUUCUAGACGGGAUGUUGGUGAUGAUUUCCGUUAUCGACAUCCUGGUGUCUCUCAUCUCCAACUCUGGCACCAAAAUCCUGGGCAUGCUCAGAGUGCUGAGGCUCUUGAGGACCCUGAGGCCCCUACGGGUGAUAAGCAGAGCCCCGGGACUGAAGCUGGUCGUGGAGACCCUCAUGUCAUCGCUGAAGCCCAUCGGUAACAUCGUGGUCAUCUGCUGCGCCUUCUUCAUCAUCUUUGGCAUCCUGGGAGUGCAGCUCUUCAAAGGGAAGUUCUUCGUUUGUCAAGGAGAAGAUGUGAGGAAUAUAACCAACAAGUCGGACUGCCUUCAGGCCAACCAUAAAUGGGUCAGACACAAAUACAACUUUGACAACCUGGGACAGGCCCUGAUGUCUCUGUUUGUUCUGGCAUCCAAAGAUGGCUGGGUUGAUAUUAUGUAUGACGGUCUGGAUGCUGUAGGAGUUGAUCAACAGCCAAUAAUGAACUACAACCCAUGGAUGCUGCUCUACUUCAUCUCCUUCCUGCUGAUCGUGGCCUUCUUCGUGCUCAACAUGUUCGUCGGUGUCGUGGUGGAGAACUUCCACAAGUGUCGGCGCCACCAGGAGGCGGAGGAAGCAAAGCGCAGGGAGGAGAAGAGACUGAAACGCAUGGAGAAAAAGAGAAGGAAAGCUCAGAGCAAGCCCUACUACUCCGAUUACUCCCCCACUCGCCUGCUAAUCCACAAGAUGUGCACCAGCCACUACCUGGACCUGUUCAUCACCAUCGUCAUCGGCCUCAACGUCAUCACCAUGUCCAUGGAGCACUACCAGCAGCCCAAGGAGCUGGAUGAGGCCUUGAAGAUCUGUAAUUACAUCUUCACCCUCAUCUUUGUUUUGGAGUCUGUCUUCAAGCUGGUGGCUUUCGGCCUGCGGCGCUUCUUCAAGGACAAGUGGAACCAGCUUGAUCUGGCCAUCGUGCUGCUCUCCAUCAUGGGCAUCACUCUGGAGGAGAUCGAGGUCAAUGCUUCUCUGCCCAUCAACCCCACCAUCAUCCGCAUCAUGAGAGUGUUAAGGAUCGCCCGUGUACUGAAGCUCUUGAAGAUGGCUGUGGGAAUGAGAGCUUUGCUGGACACCGUUAUGCAAGCCCUGCCUCAGGUGGGGAAUCUGGGUCUCCUCUUCAUGCUUCUCUUCUUUAUCUUUGCAGCCCUGGGAGUGGAGCUUUUUGGUGACCUAAUUUGUGAUGAGCUCCAUCCAUGUGAAGGUUUGGGGCGCUAUGCCACCUUCAAGAACUUUGGCAUGGCUUUUCUGCUGCUCUUCAGAGUUUCAACUGGAGACAACUGGAAUGGCAUAAUGAAGGACACCUUAAGGGAUUGUGCGCAAGACACUGGCACCUGCUACAACACCGUGGUCUCCCCCAUCUACUUCGUCUCCUUCGUUUUGACCGCUCAAUUCGUCCUGGUCAACGUUGUGAUUGCUGUCCUGAUGAAGCACCUGGAGGAGAGCAACAAGGAAGCCAAGGAAGAAGCAGAGCUAGAGGCAGAGAUGGAGCUAGAAAACAGACUCCUGGCGGAGGGGGGAGACAUGGUGAUGAGGUCUCCCCAGCUUAAUCCUCUGGCACUGGGUAUGGACAGGUCAAGUUCUGGGGGCUCCCCCUGGAGGUCCACUGGAGGAGGGGACAGGGAGCAGGAAAGGGAUGGUCCUUUGGACUCCCCCACUGCUAAUAUAACCAGAGACUCUGUAAACAUUGCAGCAGAUACUCCGUCAUGUCUGGACCCCCCAAUGGAGUUUAUCCAGCGGAGGGCGCUGUUUGACUCAGUCUCCCUGGUCAUCCAGGGUUCAAUGGAGGGAGAGUUGAGUUUGAUGGACAACCUGUCCGGCUCAAUCUGCCACUACUACGCGCUGCCCCCCAAACUCAGCAAGCACAGCACCGACAAGAAGUCAGAGCAGCUUGAUCCUGGGGAGUCGCUGGAAGGCAACCUGCUGAGUGUCAAGAAGCCUACGGUGGGGCGCACACACUCCCUGCCCAAUGACAGCUACAUGUUCAUCCCUCUGCAGCCAGCUCUGGCUCCAGCACAGCUUCUAGCACAGACACAGGGGCCCCAGCACAUACUGGGGACUCACCGGGCCCAGAGAGGCUCCAGUAGCUCAGUACGAUCACAGCCGGAAGAAUCUUCCCAUCAGCUGACCGUUCCUAGAGACCUUUUCCGUCCCAUCAGCCCCCACAGCCACUCGGACUCAGAAAGUAUACCAAGAUUACCCCCUCCGAGGCGCACGCACAUGCUCAGCCGGACCCUCCGUAGACAGGUCGCAGUGUCAACUGACUCUCAGGAGGCGCUGUGUUCAGACGGAGGGGAAAGCAUAGAUGGCCUAGUGAAUGUGGCUUCUCUAGGUCUCCCUCCAUCCCCCUCCUCCUCCUCCUCCUCUACCUCCCCAUCACCAUGCACCAACCAUCAGCAGCCUGCUCUCUGCCUGGUUCCUGCCACGCCAGGCGCCUCCCCUAAGCCCUCGCGCCCCAGCAGUGUGCACACCCAGCUUCACGACCAACACUGCCUCGCCUCCUCCCCCUCUUCGCCUCCUCCACCUGUACCAGCCAGGCUGCACCCACAGGAGGAGGCCUCUGUAGAUCAGGAAGUUUCGCUCAUUACACGUGCAGGGUUAGCUGGCAGCGACGACAUCAUGACGGAGGACACUGACGAUGGCGGUAAUGAGGGUUACAGUGACUACGCAGGUGGCCAGGAGAGCCAGAGUCCGUGUUUGAGGCAGCUGAAGAAGUUCCACAGUGUUGACGCACACGGCCGCAGCACCCUCAGGCCCCAGCCCCGCCCCUACUCCUGGUUGGAUGACCCGCGACGCCACUCAGUCGAGGUCUGCUCCUCGGUGGAGUCCAGCCCCCAACGCAGCACCACGUCCACCUCCUCUGGCUUCGUGUCGCGGGCCGACAGCCUUCAGAUCCACAGCCAGACUUCAACGCAGACCUCUCUGCCCUCACCGCGCCGCAAGAAGAAGAUGAGCCCACCCUGCAUCUCUGUGGAUCCACCUGAAGGACUAGAGCCUCAUUCGGGCCUUUACCCCAGCCUCGGCGGACUAGGGGGGAUGGGACUGGGGGGAUUAGGGAUGCCUCCUCCUCUGCCCAGCCGGGACAGCUGCCUGAGGAGGAGGGCGCCCUCUAGUGAAUCCAAGGACUCCCUUGACUUGGGAGUUGGAGAGGGAUCAGGACAGGAUGGAGGUUCGCCAAACCCCAACACCAACCCCAAGCUAUUGACUCUUCCCAGUUUCUCCUUUGAGAAGACGAGCUCCGAGCACUGAACACACACACUCCAACAUACUGACGCAAACACAGACAUGCAGCUGGUGACGCCUCAACACACACAAACACACGAUGCACUCCGUGUAUCUGUGAUGGUGAUAGUUCUAGUAAUAAUGCUGUAGAGAGUAAUAAUGGUAAACUACAAGAAACAGUUAAAACAUCCUUGGUUUCAUAAGGAGUGAAGUACUGUAGUAGUGUGACCAUCUUUUGUCUUUGUAUUGUUACUGCCAAAAUAACCAGAGAAGAAGACACAUGAAACAACAACAGUGUGACUGUUUCUCUUCUGCUACGCCUGCAUGCCACUGGCUGCAGCUUGACCCAGAACCUCUGACGUGACAUCAGCACCUGGGAUCUGGCGCCCUCCGUGGUCGCCGUCUAAACUGCCUGGUGUUGCAAAGGGUGGGCUUUGCCCGGUCAGUGGAGGUACAAAGCAAUAUGAACGUUUUAGAGACACUAUUUUCUUAAAUUAUUGGGCCAUAGUGUUUGUACAGAAUGUGUUUUUUAAUUUCACUCAGUAGUUAUCUUUCUUUUGUCUUUCUUUGUGAUUUUCUUUCCUUUUUUUGUCAAAUUGUUUGUCCUUGUCUUUUUUUUCACUGUAGGAUAUUUCUAGCUUUCUUGGUUUACUGAGGAAAGUGAACGUUUUUCAAAGUGCUGAAAACCAUGUAUUUGUAGGAAUAAUAUAUAAAUAUAUAUAUAAAAACAAGUCAUUAA